GGACUCUGGCCCACCAAUGAUGUGUCAGAACUGUCAAAAGCAAUAACAAAAGGCGAUAAUUUUCUUUCUGAUCUUAAACGACAAAAAAUAAAACCAAACAGACGUAAAAUGCAAUAAUAUUUGUAAUAUUUAAAAUAAUAUAACAUUUUCCGCGACAUUUACGAACGAGCAUAGGUGUAAACAUAACAACAAAGAAUGAAACAAUCUACAUCGCCCACGCCUUCAGUGGUCUCCAGCUAUGUGGCCUCGAGAGGCCAAUCGCCAUUGCCUCCACCGGCUAACUAUAAGAAGAAUUGCCUCUCGGCCACAACAAAAAGCUACAAAUAUCUGAGGCGUCUGCUGAAAUUCAAUCAAAUGGAUUUCGAAUUUGCCCUAUGGCAAAUGAUUUACUUGUUUAUAGCGCCACAAAAGGUCUAUAGGAAUUUUAAUUAUAGGAAACAGACAAAAUCCCAAUUUGCUAGAGAUGAUCCUGCGUUUUUGGUGUUAUUCCUGGUUUGUCUUUGUGUUACAUCAUUGGGAUUUGCUUGGGUAUUGGGCCUGAAUAUUUGGCAAAGUAUAUCGUUUAUUUUCUAUGUCGUCUUUGUGGAUUGCAUAUUUGCUGGCAUCAUUGUGGCCACAUCUCUUUGGUUGUUUACAAAUCGCUAUUUACGUACCAGCAGUAUUGAACCCGAUGUGGAAUGGGGCUAUGCUUUUGAUGUCCACUUGAAUGCCUUCUUUCCACCCUUAAUGCUGUUGCAUUUUAUCCAAUUGUUUUUCUACAAUUGGUUAAUAAGCAAGCCCUGGUUUAUAUCGAAUUUUCUGGGAAACACUUUUUGGCUCUUGGCCCUAAGCUAUUAUGUUUAUAUCACAUUUUUGGGAUAUAAUUGUAUUCCACAUUUGAAGAACACCCGUCUUAUUCUCAUUCCUCUGCCCAUAAUAUUUUUGUUUUAUUUAAUCACGUUAAUCAUUAGUUGGAAUGUUACCGUAUCCUUUAUAGACUUCUAUAAAUAUCGUGUAUAUUAGUUUAAAGUAGUUUUAAAAACAUAAGAAAAUAACACACAAUUGUAACAUAAA